AGAUCCAUGGCGGUGCCGUUGCUUUGCUCUAUAAGCUUUUCUUUAGCUGAAACGCUCACUCUCUCACCAAGGGACACAGAUUUCUAGAGAGAGAAACAGAGAUUCUUUUGCUCAUUUUCUACUGCUGUUCAACUCCAAUCAACCCUCCAUCCAUUAUUUGUUUGUUUGUUUGUUAUCCUUUCAACUUCUCCUUCUAAUCCAUUCAUCAUCAUAAACGCUAACCCAGAGAGCUCUUCAUUCUUUCUCAAAAAUGCUGAUUCUCUUUUAGGGUUUUCCAUUUUUUCAGUUCUUUACUCUAAUCUGAGUGGCUUAUGGUUCCAACAUCGAAGAGCCUUCUUGAUUUCUAUCCGUGCUUCUAUUGGUGCAGUAUGCCUAAAGAGUUCCAGAGAUUGUAGAGCAUUGAGGGGUUUGGUCUAUCUGACAACUUGUCGCUUCCACAGCGAUCUUAAAAAUAUUUAGGAGGGAUAAUAAACAUGGCUGCCGAACUAGUCAACUCUGCAACAAGUGAGAAACUGGCUGAAACAGAUUGGAUGAAGAAUAUUGAAAUCUGUGAAUUAGUUGCUCGUGAUCAAAGGCAAGCUAAAGAUGUCGUAAAAGCAAUAAAAAAAAGAAUAGGAAGUAAGACCGCAAACACACAACUUUAUGCAGUUUUGUUACUUGAAAUGUUGAUGAACAAUAUUGGAGAACCGAUUCAUAAGCAGGUGAUUGAUUCGGGGGUUCUCCCUAUUCUUGUGAAGACAGUGAAGAAAAAGUCUAACUUACCAGUGCGAGAGAGAAUCUUUCUCCUCCUAGAUGCCACACAGACAGCUCUUGGUGGUGCUUCCGGAAAGUUCCCUCAGUAUUAUUCAGCAUAUUACGAUUUGGUGAGUGCAGGAGUCCAGUUUCCUCAAAGGCCUCCUUCUGUUCCACCAAAUAAUCCUACCCAGCAGCAUAACAAUACUUUACAAAAUGGAGUAAUAAGAUUAUCUGAGCAGGAGGGUGCUGCUAGAGUUGAACCUCAGAUAUUACCAGAAUCUAGUAUAAUUGAAAAGGCUGGCAAUGCAUUAGAAGUUCUGAAAGAAGUUCUUGAUGCUGUUAAUCCUCGGAAUCCUGAGGGCGCAAGAGAUGAGUUCACCCUUGAUCUUGUAGAACAGUGUUCCUUUCAGAAGCAGAGACUAAUGCAUCUUGUCUUGUCUUCUCGGGAUGAGAAGAUCGUUUGUCGUGCAAUUGAAUUGAACGAAAAGCUUCAAAAGGUCCUUGCAAGACACGAUGCCCUCCUCUCGGGUCAGUUCAUAUCGACUCAAAAUAAUUUCAGCGAUGAAGAUACCGGUAGGUCCAGAUUGCCUGCAAAUCAUUGUAACCACGACGAAGGGGAAGAUGAAGAAGAGGCCGAACAACUUUUCCGAAGGCUCCGAAAAGGAAAAGCUUGUGUAAGACCUGAAGAUGAAGAAGAUUCAUCAGAGGAGCGACCAUCGUUGGGUUCGCUAGGAUUGUCAAUUCCAGUUGAGCGAGCAAACCGUCCGAUCAUUCGACCGAUCAACGAAAAGGCAUCAACGACAUCAGAUAUGCAGCAUGGGCAGGGUGUUUCAAUACCACCACCACCAGUAAAACAUGCAGAAAGGGAGAAGUUCUUCAAGGAUAAAAAGAUGGAUGUUGGAAGUGGGCAUAUGAGAGGCCUCUCUUUACACAGUCGUAACGCCAGCAGCUCCCGCAGUGGAAGCAUAGAUUUCAGUGAGUCAUGAAUGGUGUGGAGAAAGGUAGGCUUUGUUUGGGAGUGUGUGCAAUUUAAUUUUAUUUAAUUUCACUUCACUUCAACUCAUUAUUUGUAAAGUUGAAAUAUUUAUUUCUUUUUUCUUUUUUGGUUUUUAUAAGGAAACGGGGUCUUGCUUUUUUCUGUGAGUUUUGUUGUCGUCUUUGAAUUAACGUCCAAGGGACAGGGACUUCUGCAUAUAUCCUUCAUUCAUUUCUUGUAUAAUUUUUGUAAUUUUUAUGGGUGAUUCACUAUUUUAAGUUUGGUCUCCCUCGAGAAGAAAGAAAAAAGGGAAAUUGAAAGACCCUUUUCUUGUUUGGUUUGACCCUUUUUUUUC